CAUCAGACGGAUGUUUGGAAAAAAUCACGUCGACUUCCUUUCAUUGUAUUCUAUCAAAAGCAUGGAUUUUAGCUAUAUAUAUGGAUUAUAGGCAUUAUAAAAUCAAGUCGACCAUCUUAUGGAUAGAAUGGCGUCCCAAUCGAUGUCUUCAAUGCAAUCAGUGCCGCUCAGGACGGGACGUGAUAAAGGAGCAUCAAUGAAUAAAAUAAAGAAAUUAAAGCGGAGGAUAUCAGCCAGUUUUGGACGAUUAUCAUUCAACAAGGAUGAACCCCCACCAUCUGGAGAUGUCAUAAAUAAUAGUGCUCAGAUCAAUGGACACAGCAAGAAGCGAGGGAAAAGUGCCUCGCCAACAGGAAGAGUACAUAUACCACGCGACAGCAGUGACCAUCUCAUAUCACACGCUACAGCAGAUAGAGCUCAAUACACGCCUGUGAAGCGGCACCACUCAACGGGGGAUAUGCUAGUAUCUGACAUUGACUUUGAGUCCUUGUCUCCCUUUGGUAAACCUACAAGGCCCAAAUCAGAGGGAUGCUUCUUUGUUGAGGGAUUCACUCCAAAACGAGCCUCAAGCUUUGGGUUCAAUUCACCAUUUGGGAAGAUUGAUGCUUAUGAGAAGCUAGAACAACUAGGGGAAGGAUCAUAUGCAACAGUCUUCAAAGGAAAAAGCCAUUUAAAUAACAAGGUAGUUGCUUUAAAGGAAAUACGCUUAAACAAUGAAGAGGGUGCACCAUUCACAGCAAUACGAGAAGCUUCUCUACUGAAAGGUUUGAAGCAUGCCAACAUAGUGACUCUACACGACAUAAUACACACUAAAGAUACACUGACCUUUGUAUUUGAAUAUGUACAUACAGAUCUGAGCCAAUACUUGGAGAAACACAAAGGAGGACUAACUCCCCAUAAUGUUAAAUUAUUUCUGUUCCAACUACUAAGGGGAUUGUCCUACUGUCACCAGAGAAGGAUCUUACACAGGGACCUCAAACCUCAGAAUCUUCUCAUUAGCCAACAAGGGGAACUAAAAUUAGCAGAUUUUGGUCUCGCACGUGCCAAGUCUGUGCCUAGUCGUACCUACUCCCAUGAAGUUGUUACAUUGUGGUAUAGGCCCCCAGAUGUCCUGCUUGGAUCUACAGACUACACCACAUCUCUAGAUAUAUGGGGAGUUGGUUGUAUCUUUACUGAGAUGAUAUCAGGAGUGGCCACAUUUCCUGGAAUGAAAGAUGCCCAAGAUCAGCUAGAUAGAAUCUGGAGGAUACUUGGAACACCAACUGAAAACACAUGGGAAGGAGUCUCUAAAUAUCCCCACUUUAAAAAGUCAAGAUUCCAUACAUACAAUCGACAGUGCCUAGCACUUGCAGUACCAAAGUUAGCAAAUGUUCCACAUGCAGAAAAUUUGGCAGAAAAGUUUUUACAGCUAUGUCCAAGGAGAAGAAUCUCAGCCAAAGUUGCUCUACGUCACCAGUAUUUCAGCGAUCUUCCACAUAGUGUAUAUUUAUUGGCAGAUGAUGCCUCAAUAUUUGACAUUCCUUCAAUACAGCUCCAUCCUGAAGUUGCGGAGAUACUCCGUAGCAAAAGUAGGAUAAGGACAAAUCCCCAUGCUAGACAAUUAACUCAGCCCUUACCUGCGACUUUAACACAGAAUGCACAAAUAUCACAGAUGCCUACACAAGUGUAGAUACUGUAGGUCAUUCAAAACUAUAGUCUUGUAAACCAAAUAAACAAAUCAGCUUUAGAGUUCCUUGCCAUAUAGAAAUUGUAGUCUCGUAAAAGCAUAUGGAUUAGCCAGCUAGGAGUAAAUCUGCCCUAAAGCCUUGUAUAAGCAUAUGGGAUAGCCACCUAUGGCACCUAGGGUGUAAAUCUGCUCCUUAGC